CAUGCCCGCCGUUGUCAAGCAGCCUGGUAGCACUGUAGUGCGUCCGCCACUGCCAUUGAACCACUGCAAUCCUAAUAUCCUUCGUGUCGAUCCCGCAAAGCCGCCCACCGUAAAGUUUCAGGAAAUCGUUCGCGAUGAGAACACGACUAUCGUCGGAAGGCUGAAGAUUCCAACGCCCUCAGGCCACGCGUUCGUUCUGCGCAGGCUAGAUACAGGCGCGAUUAGCCAGACUACGAUGUAUCGCGCUGCCUUCCCCGAUGCCAGCGACCCUGAGGAGAAGGGCGAGGCCCACUGGGUCAAAAACACGUUCGAUAUCUCCACCGCAAACAAGGAGGGCAAGGCGCGCUUUGCCGGUGUCUGGGUUAACAAAGAGGACGCAUUGAAGCUCGCUGAGGAUUAUGGCCUUUCUGCCUUCGUCUCCGUUCUCGCCGAGGCAGAGCCAGACCCUCACGUUGUGUACCGCCGCUCUAGCAGGGCGCAGCAGAGCACACCCAGCUCCACUCCAGUGACAACGCGCUCUCGCCAUGAGACCGGUCCUACGCCAUCGAAGCGCCGUAGGGCUGUUUCGCCCUCCGUGUUCAAUGUCACACCGGUAUGUUCGCCAGGGGCGACCUUCAGCACGGUGACUGCCGCCGCUCUUCUGAGCGAGCCUGUCAUGAUGACCCCGACCCCCCCUCCUUCCGGGAAGCGUGAAGCGUCUCCUGGUCCUCGCCGCACACCACGAAACACCUGUACUUCCCUGCCAACUGUCACCCCGCUCAAGCCCCAGAACAUCACGCCUGCUCCCAGUGUGAUUAUGAAGGAAGAAGUGGUGACGGCAACAUCGUUCGAAAUAACGACCCCGCCCGGGUCGGACGGAACCGCUGUUGAGGAUGAGCCAAUGGAUGAGCAGCGUCUCGCAGAUGAGACGAUGCAUGAGGACAUCCAGGAGCAGAAGGAGCUCAUCGAGCGGCUGAAGGCCGACCGCGCCGCACGUGAGGCGGAGCAGAGGGUGAAAGAGGAGGAGAACCCCGAGCACGAGCAAGUGCAUGCGGAGUCUGACGAGGAGAUGGAGAUGGCGACGCCUGAGCCUACGACCCCGGCAAUUAAGCGGCCACGGGAGGAGUACGACGAGAUGAAAUUAGAUAUUCCAGAGAAGCUGGCGGAGGUGAAGCUGGAGGAGGCAUCGGAUGAGCGUCCGAUCGCGACAAACAACCGCGUCCAACGGGCAGAACGCAAGUCUCUUGCCUGGGGUGCGCUCGCGUUCGCUGCGGGUGUUGGUGCUAUACAACUCAUUCCGACGCUGCAGAACUACCUCCCGCUGUAGCGUUAUGCACGCUGCCCGUCGCUGUAAUAUGCUCUUCUGCUCUGGAACUAUGAACGCCACGUAGGUCUCGCUUUUACGUUGUACGAUUUAUUGUGUCGGUUUGUUUUCGCCGUCUCAAUCACCUUGAUCAUGACCAAUUGCCUUGUGUAUAUUCAUUGUGUGCUGCGAUUCGCGUCGCCGGACCUGUCCUCUUGAGCACAAGUUGCAGAUGGACAGCAUCCGGAUCUUUGCGCUAUAUUCAUCACCGUUCCGCUGUGUUUACGCCCGUUCUUGGCGCCUUGGAAUGUGUGCUUCCUCUCGGUUCCACUCGUGGCUGCGGCAAUGAUACAAUUUCAUUCUCGAUUUUAUCGCUUUCUUGCCCUGAUUUUCGCUAUAGUCAUUUAUCAGUAUCCUCUCAACGUGUCAUAUUAUGCUGCCGUUUGAACCAAUUGCAUAGAUAUUAUUGAGAGUACUAUGG